CUCGGAGGCGGGGAAGAGCAAGUCUCCUUUCCGGAUCUGGCUCAGGGACUGCGGCGGACUGCAGGGGCCAUCGCCUUGCGUGACAUCGGUGUCGCCCUGUCCUCGUUCUCCCGGGGCUGGCAGCGAGCGGCCGCAGCUCCACGGGCCCAGGGCGUGCGGCCGGGAUUUUUUGUGACUCCUUCAACAUGAGCCCCACACAGUGGGACUUCCCAGUGGAAUUAUGUUGUCGGCCUAUGGCUUUUGUUACACUUACGGGCCUAGAUGUAGUUUAUAAUGCUGUCCAUCGAGCAGUCUGGGAUGCUUUCUGUGCUAAUCGGAGAGCUGAUCGGGUACCAAUUUCUUUCAAGGUGCUCCCAGGUGACCAUGAAUAUCCUAAAUGUAGACCUAAGAGAACUUCAUAUGAAUGGUACAUCCCUAAGGGGAUCUUAAAGACUGGCUGGAUGAAUAAGCAUCUGAAUCUGGUGCCAGCCCUGGUGGUUGUGUUCUAUGAACUGGACUGGGAUGAGCCUCAGUGGAAAGAAAAGCAGUCUGAGUGUGCGACCAGAGUGGAAAUUGUCAGGCAAAGUUUACAAGGAAGAAACACAAAAGUUGCAGUGGUUCUGAUUCAGAAGAAAACCCCCUUGCCUCCAGGAGAAGAUGUCAUUGCUUCAGAAAGGGCCGCGGCUCUGUGCAAUGUGUGUGAACUCUCAGGGAAGUCUUUGUUUGUGCUGCCCCACACUGACCACCUUGUGGGUUACAUUAUAAGACUGGAAAAUGCCUUUUAUGAACAUGCACAGACUUACUACUAUACUGAGAUCAGGAGAGUGAAAUCUCAUAAAGAAUUCUUGAAUAAAACAACACACCAGCUUUUAUUUGUUAGACACCAGUUCAAAAUAGCCUUCUUCAGUGAAUUGAAACAAGAUACACAGAAUGCUUUGAAGAAUUAUAGGACUGCCUAUAAUCUUGUACAUGAAUUGAGAGCCCAUGAAACUAAUAUUUUGGAAAUUAAGACUAUGGCAGGAUUUAUAAACUACAAGAUCUGUAGGCUAUGUUUUCAACACAACACCCCAUUGGAUGCAAUUGCUCAGUUUCGAAAACACAUUGAUUUGUGUAAGAAAAAAAUUGGAAGUGCAGAAUUGACAUUUGAGCAUGCUGCAUGGAUGUCUAAACAAUUCCAGGCCUUUGGAGAUUUGUUUGAUGAAGCUAUUAAGUUAGGGCUUACUGCUAUUCAAACUCAAAAUCCUGGCUUCUAUUAUCAGCAGGCAGCAUAUUAUGCCCAGGAAAGGAAACAACAUGCAAAAGCCCUCUGUAACCAUGAAGCUUCUGUAAUGUAUCCUAAUCCUGAUCCGUUAGAAACACAAAUGGGUAUUCUUGACUUUUAUGGACAGAGGCCAUGGCGACAAGGAGUACUAAGUUUUGAUCUUUCUGACCCUGAAAAAGAGAAGGUGGGGAUUCUUGCCAUUCAACUGAAGGAGAGAAGUGUUGUUCACUCUGAAAUAAUAAUAACUCUUCUGAGUAAUGCUGUGGCACAAUUCAAGAAGUAUAAGUGCCCAAGAAUGAAAAGUCACCUAAUGGUUCAGAUGGGAGAGGAAUAUUAUUAUGCAAAAGAUUAUACCAAAGCUUUGAAGUUGCUGGACUAUGUGAUGUGUGAUUACCGUAGUGAAGGAUGGUGGACUUUGCUCACAUCUAUAUUGACAACAGCUCUGAAGUGUUCUUACCUCAUGGCCCAGUUAAAGGAUUAUAUUACUUAUUCUCUAGAACUCCUUGGACGAGCUUCCACUUUGAAAGAUGACCAGAAAUCUAGGAUAGAAAAGAACCUCAUAAAUGUUUUAAUGAAUGAAAGCCCUGAUCCUGAACCCGACUGUGAUGUCCUUGCUGUAAAGACUGCUCAGAAGCUGUGGGUGGACCGAGUUUCUCUGGCUGGAAGCAAUGUUUUCACUAUAGGAGUUCAGGACUUUGUGCCAUUCGUACAGUGCAAAGCGAAGUUUCAUGCCCCAAGUUUUCAUGUGGAUGUUCCUGUUCAGUUUGAUGUUUAUCUGAAGGCUGAUUGUCCACACCCUAUUAGGUUUUCCAAGCUAUGUGUCAGCUUUAAUAAUCAGGAGUACAACCAGUUCUGUGUGGUAGAAGAAACAUCCAAAGCAAGUGGAGUUCUUGAAAAUCUGACGCAAGGAAAAAUGUGCUUAGUUCCUGGUAAAACACGAAAAUUGUUAUUUAAAUUCGUUGCAAAAACUGAAGAUGUGGGAAAGAAAAUUGAGAUUACUUGUGUGGAUCUGGUUCUGGGCAGUGAGAUGGGCAGGUGUGUGGUUUUGAGCUGGCAGGGCGGUGGAGGAGAUGCUGCUUCCUCCCAGGAAGCCCUGCAGGCCGCACGCUCCUUCAAAAGGCGACCGAGGCUCCCUGACAAUGAGCUGCACUGGGACAGCAUCACAGUCCAGGCAAGCACUAUGAUCAUUUCCAGAGUCCCAAACAUUUCUGUACAGCUGCGACAUGAGCCUCCUGCCCUCAUGAAUGAAAUGUAUUGUUUGGUUGUGACAGUUCAGUCCCACGAAAAGACACAAAUCAGGGAUGUGAAGCUCACUGCUGGCUUAAAGCCAGGGCAAGAUGCCAACUUAACUCAGAAAACCCAUGUGACUCUUCGUGGAACAGAGCCAUGUGAUGAGUCCUACCCAGCUCUACUCACCGAUAUUGCUGUUGGAGAUUUAAAGCCAGGGGAACAGCUUGAAAAAACAUUGUAUGUUCGCUGUGGAACAGUGGGAUCAAGAAUGUUUCUUGUAUAUGUUUCUUACCUGGUCAAUACAACUGUUGAAGAAAAAGAAAUUGUUUGCAAGUGCCACAAGGAUGAAACUGUAACAAUAGAAACUGUGUUUCCAUUUGAUGUUGCCGUUAAAUUUGUUUCUACAAAGUUUGAACAUCUUGAAAGGGUCUAUGCUGACAUCCCAUUUUUGCUGAUGACGGAUGUUUUAAGUGCUUCACCCUGCGCCCUGACGAUUGUAUCCAGUGAGCUACAGCUUGCUCCAUCUAUGACCUCAGUAGAUCAUCUGGAGUCCCAAGUGGGCAAAGUUGUCUUGCAGACAGGGGAGAGCGCUAGUGAGUGCUUUUGUCUUCGAUGCCCAUCUGUUGGGAAUGUUGAAGGUGGAGUAGCAACUGGACAUUAUAUUAUCUCCUGGAAGAGGACUUCAGCCAUGGAAAACAUCCCUGUUAUCAGCACCGUCAUCACACUGCCACAUGUGAUUGUUGAAAAUAUCCCUCUCCAUGUGCACGCAGAUCUGCCAUCAUUUGGGCGUGUCAGAGAGUCAUUACCUGUGAGGUAUCACCUACAGAAUAAGACGGACUUGGUUCAAGAUGUGGAAAUUUCUGUGGAGCCCAGCGAUGCUUUCAUGUUUUCAGGUCUCAAACAGAUUCGAUUGCGCAUUCUACCUGGCACCAAGCAGGAAAUGCUAUAUAAUUUCUAUCCUCUAAUGGCUGGAUACCAGCAGUUGCCAUCUCUCAGCAUCAAUUUGCUUAGAUUUCCUAACUUCACAAAUCAGCUGCUUAGGCGUUUUAUACCUACCAGUAUUUUUGUAAAGCCACAGGGGCGACUCGCAGAUGAUACCUCUAUUGCUGCUGCAUGAUGUUCAAGACCAGCUCUUGGUGUUCUCACAGAGGCAUGGGCAGAGUGAUGUUGCAUUGUGACCUGCAGCUGUGAUUGUAGUAAAGGUUAAUGUUUUCUAUUUUUUAAUAGAUGUUAUACCAGCCAUUCAAAUGAACCCAUGCUUCAGAUAUAGGAAAAUCAUCUCUAGUUUCACUAAUAAAAACUUGAAAUCUGUUGCUAUGAUGUCAAAGGAUGUGCGAUCACUGUUUCUGCAGAAAGUCACCAUAUGAGUAGUAGAUUAUGUUAAAAGGAAGUGGCUUGCAUGUAGAGUACCAGUGCAGAAUUAGGCACCCAAAUAUGAUUGGACAGAAAGAACAGAAUGUACCGGUGUGUGCUCCAGUGAUGUUCUGCAUCUUUGUGACUCCUACAAAGGUGACUAACCUGGAAAUGAUCAAUCUUUGUAAAUUCAGUGUGUGCUUAGAAACAUGCAGUAGUAUAUGCAGCUGAUUGACUGAUAUACAGAAUCUCCACAAUUUUGAAGUAAUUUAAUUAGAAGUUGUCAGACUAUUAUUGCUUACCGUCUAAAAUUUCAGCAAGUUCAGCCUUCUACCACAUAUGGAUCACUUAUGAAGCAGGUCCCUAUUUCUAACAGGACCUUAGUCUAAUUAUAAGCAUAAUUCCUAAACUCUUAGGAAUUUUUGUUUGUUUGCUUGUUUUGAGAUGGUAUCUCAUGUAACCCAGGCUGCUCUUGAACUUUUGAUCAUCCUGCCUUUACCUGUACGGUGCUGGUAUUACAGGGAGGCAUGCCACCAUUGUCUUCCCAGCUGAUGAGGAGCUGGGGAUGCUGAGGAUCAUGCAUGCUAGGCAGGCUCCCCCAUGUCCCCUGCCACCUGCAACCAAAACUCAGUUCUCAAGACUGAUGGAAGGUCUGAGUAGUUCUUAGCCAGGUUGUAUAGUUUCCAAAGAACUAUGUAGAACUCUUCAAAAUUUGUGUAAAUAAGAAAAUCAUAGGGUAAAAUUUUUCUAUGUUAAAGUAUCUUAAUUUCAGCCUAAUUUUGUGAAAAUUUUCCAUUGUAAAAAGGAAACAGUGAUGUAAAUAAAUUUAUAAUCUUUCACAUGUACUUGUAUAGAUUUUUAUUUUGAGCUUGUUUCAUUCUAGCUUUUUGAAAAGCUUUUACCAAGAACAUUGUUGAGGUUAAUGGAGAAAGUACAUGUCUGUGUUCUAGAACUUGCUCUGCUAACCUUUACUGAGACUUGGCACAGUUACAAAAGGCUCUUAGGAAUCAUGAGCUCCUUAUAUCAUGGCUUUUCAGAUAGAGACCAUGGGAAUGUAACUGGAUUUGAUUGGCAUCAAAUCCCACUUCUGUGGUUUGCUGGUCAGGUGGCUUUGUUACUUAGCCUCUGUGUACUGGAUUUUCUAGCAGAGAAGAUGGAAAUCUUAAGACGUGUCUCACAGGCUUGUUAGACAGAUGCUAUAGAUUAUUACCUGAGGAAAGCAUGGGACGCUGUCUGACUCAAAAGUUCAUGCUCAGCUGCUGUCAUAAACAAAUGAUGAUAUUACUUACGAUAGGAAGGUUGAAGAGGAUACUCCUGCAUCAACUCGAGAGUCCCUUGUAUCAGACUUUGUUAUUCAUUCAUAUGAUGCAUUAUGUGUGUAUAUAUAUAAAUGUAUGUAGAUAUGUUUAUAUAAAAUUAUAAAUAAAAGUUUCUUGAAAUAAUACUUUUACUGUUUUGUUAAGAAAAAACUCAUUGUAACUUGCUAUGUUAUUUCAUAACUUUCUAACAGGGUAUUACUUGAAUUUUGAAAAAUGCCAGGUGAUCUUAAAUUUCCUUUAUAUUCUAAGAUGGCUUAAUACAGUGUGCACAUAAUACAGGUCUUGUGUGUUAACACUACUGUUUUCAUACAUGAGUAUGUUUACAAAUGAGUCACUGAUAUAUCCUUCAAAAUUAAUAUUAUUGUUAAUGUGAUUGUUUCAGCAAAUAAACCAAGUCCAUAGGGUUUUUUCUUUUA